AAAUUGCAGGAAUAAGUAAAUUAUAAGAAAUGCAUGGCAUACACUUGACAACAGUUAGUAAAAUAAUGCAUUUAAAUUGAGAUAUUUAUCGUAUUACAUUUGGCAAUUAUACCUACUUCCUGUAUACCAAACUUGGCCAUUUCCGACUUUCAUCUGCGGUGGAGAAAUGGAAAGAAUAGAUCUGCCCGCAGUGGGCCCCACAGACCUCCCUAUAUCCCUGCUGGAGAUGGGUUGCUCUGGCAGGUUUGAGCUCAUCACACAUCCACAUCCCAAUGACCAGCCCCUGCCUCCACAAAGUUCGCUCCCUCAUGGACUCCCUCCCACUAGUGUGAGCCUGGAGACAGAGGUAGAGAAGCGCUUUCUACUCGACCCUGCCUGGCUUCCCAUUCACGAUACCGACGCUGCCUUCCAUAGUUUUCUGAAGCUGGCUGAGAGAGAUGUUCAUAAAGACUCUCUUCUCCAUUGUGCUCUGUCUCCUCUGCACUCUGGCAUCUCAGUAGUCAGAGAUCCAACAACAGGAAUGUUGUUGGACUUCACUGAGGUGUUACUGGGGGACACAGGCAUCUCUGCUAAGAAUUCUAUGUCCCUGCAACGUCCACCAAACCCUAAUCCCUCUGAGAGCCUACGAGGAAGCAACACCAACUACCCGUUUUUGCCCGGUGGUAUGGAGGAGCUGACACUGGAACAAAUCAAGAAGAAAUCCGAGCUGGAGGAGGACAUAGACUUUGAGAAAGAGUUACUCACAGUGCCCCCUGGACUGAAAGUUGGGAUGGACUUCAGUGACAAAGAUGCCAAAACCACAAAGGGAGAAAUCAAUCUCCUGUCCCUCCUGUCCACCUUUGAUGACAUCAUAGACUCCCAGCCUGAGGCAGAGGAGAAGGGCCACGGAAGUGGAAAUGCACCCAAACUGCCUAGAACCAACAGCCUGGAAGACCUGGGGAUCAAGGACUCUCCCUCUACACCUGGGACCACCUCUACAGAGAAGAAAGAUGGAGGAACGACCAAACCAGCAGGGGACCAGGAGGAGAAGAAGAGAUGGGCAAUCCCAAUAAACAUCACCUCCCCCUGCGGUGACUUCUACAAACGUAUCCCUAACCCUGCGUUCAAGUAUCCCUUUGAGUUGGAUGUGUUCCAGAAGCAGGCAGUAUUGAGGCUGGAGGCCCAUGAGUCUGUGUUCGUGGCAGCUCACACAUCAGCAGGCAAAACCGUGGUGGCAGAAUACGCCAUAGCACUCUCACAGAAGCACAUGACCAGGACCAUCUACACCUCCCCCAUCAAGGCGCUGUCCAAUCAGAAGUUCCGGGACUUCAAGACCACCUUUGGGGACGUGGGGCUGCUGACCGGGGACGUCCAGCUGAGUCCUGAAGCCUCCUGUCUCAUCAUGACCACUGAGAUAUUGAGGUCCAUGCUCUAUAACGGUUCGGAGGUCAUCAGAGAUUUAGAGUGGGUGAUCUUUGACGAGGUUCACUACAUCAAUGAUGCUGAGAGAGGAGUGGUGUGGGAGGAGGUUCUGAUCAUGUUACCUGACCACGUCAGCAUUAUUCUUCUGAGUGCCACUGUCCCCAACGCUGUGGAGUUCAGUGAGUGGAUCGGGCGCAUUAAAAAGAAGCACAUCUAUGUGAUCAGCACAGCGAAGAGACCUGUGCCUCUGGAGCACUACCUGUACACAGGCAACAGCACCAAGACCCAAAAGGAGAUGUUCCUACUGCUGGACCCUACGGGCAACUUCCAAACCAAAGGGUACUACGCUGCUAUAGAUGCCAAAAAGGAACGCACCAGUAAACACACACAGUCUUUUGGGACGAAAAAUCCAUCUCAGAACACUACACCUAGUCAGGACCGGGCAGUGUGGCUUUCCCUCCUCCACUUCCUGUCCCAGCGCCAGCAGACCCCCGUGGUGGCGUUCACCUUCUCCAGAACGCGCUGCGACGACAACGCCCGCUCUUUAGCCUCCAUGGACCUCACCAGCUCAGUGGAGAAGAGCGAGAUCCACUCCUUUUUCCAGAAGAGCCUGAGACGCCUCAGGGGAGGGGACCGCCAGCUGCCCCAGAUCCUGUUGAUAAGGGACCUACUGAAGAGGGGUAUCGGUGUGCAUCACAGUGGCAUCCUGCCAAUCAUGAAGGAGGUCAUUGAGAUGCUGUUCUCGCGGGGGCUAGUAAAGGUUCUGUUUGCCACUGAGACGUUUGCUAUGGGAGUGAACAUGCCUGCGAGGACAGUGGUGUUUGACAGCAUACGGAAACACGAUGGCACCGGCUUCAGAAACCUUCUGCCUGGUGAGUAUAUCCAGAUGGCUGGUAGAGCGGGUAGGAGAGGUCUGGAUGCCACAGGCACUGUCAUCAUCCUCUGCAAGUCAGGGGUACAUGACAUGGGGGACCUAAAUGUCAUGAUGCUGGGGAAGCCCACAGUGCUGCAGUCCCAGUUCAGGCUGACCUACACCAUGAUCCUCAACCUGCUGCGUGUGGAGGCCCUCCGAGUCACCGACAUGAUGAGGAGGAGCUUCUCUGAGAGCCACAGAGACACACAGGCCCAUGAGCAGCAGAUUGGUCAGUUGAAACAGACUCUGUCCUCUCUCCCUCCUCUGGACACGGAGGGUCAGCUGUCUGACCUACUGCCGUACUACUACACUGUCACUGAGCUACGCCUCACUGCUGAGGCGCUGCAGUGUGCUGUUCUGGGGUCUGUGAAUGGGUUGAAAGCGCUCUCCGUGGGACGAGUGGUAGUGGUCAACAACAAACAGCACUUCAACGCCCUCGGAGUCAUCCUACAGGUUUCCAGUGACUCAGUGAAUCGUACGUUUAUUGCUCUCAUCAUCUGUGAGAAAGGCAAUGAGGAGGGAAACGGGGACAGCCCCAACGGCAGUGCCUUCCCCCACCUCUACAACACUGCCCUCUUUACACCUGAAGGUCCCUGCAGUCACACGGUCCAGAAGCUGAAGCUACAGGACAUCUCAGCCAUCACAGUCAAGACCCUGAAGGUGAUCCCUGACCGAAUCAUCGACAACUACAACAAGAGGCAGCAGCUGCGCUUCAGGCUUGAUCCUCCGGGUCAAGCCAUUUCCACGGCAACCCAGGAACUCCUGCGAUUGGCGGAGGCCAACCCAGGCGGGAUGAUGACCCUUGACCCAGUGAACGACUUCCAGCUGAAGAGUGUGGAUGUGGUGGAGGGCACCAUGAGGCUGCGUGUGCUGCAGGACAGCCUGAAGGACUUCAGCUGCAUCCACUCACCCACCUUCUCAGAACAGUUUCUGCGGGUGCAGGAGAGAAUGAGUGUUCAGGAGGAACUGGACAAACUGCUCUUCCUUAUCUCAGACCAGUCCCUGUCUCUACUGCCAGAGUACCACCAGAGAAUCAAGGUGCUCCAAUCCCUGCAGUACGUGGACAGUAGUGGUGCGGUGCAGCUGAAGGGCAGGGUGGCCAGUCAGAUCAGUAGCCAUGAGCUGCUUCUCACAGAGCUACUGUUUGAGAACGCCCUGAGCCCUCUGGCCCCUGAAGAGAGCGCCGCCCUACUGUCCUGUCUGGUCUUUCAACAGAAGACCCAGGUGGAGCCUCACAUAACCAACACACUGAAGGAGGGUAUUGAGAGAGUGCUGGCGGUGGCCCAGCGUAUUGGGGAGCUGCAGAGGGACUGUGGGAUAACCCAGACAGCGGAAGAAUAUGUGGGCCAGUUCAAGUUUGGCCUGACCGAGGUGGCCUACUGCUGGGCCAGAGGCAUGCCAUUUGCAGAGAUUGCCCAGUUAACAGAUGUCCAGGAGGGUACGGUGGUGCGCUGCGUCCAGAGACUAGACGAGGUGCUGAAGGAGGUGCGCCAGGCCGCCCGCAUCGUGGGAGACUCGGUCCUGGGCAGCAAGAUGGAGAAGGCCUCCCUGGCCAUCCGCAGAGACAUCGUGUUCACUGCCUCGCUCUACACACACUGAGAUAGGGUGGGGAGAGAAGGAGGGAGAGCGAGGGUGUAGAUAGUGUUUGUAUAGUACUGGAGGUGAAAGUGUGCCAGUGGAGCGAGGAAAGAAAGGAGGGAAUGGAGAGUAAGAGAGGGAGAGUCGGUGUGUGUGUUACUGUAUAGGUGAGAGAGUGGGGUGUCUAUCCUGUAUAGGUGAGAGAGUGGGGUGUCUAUCCUGUAUAGGUGAGAGAGUGGGGUGUCUAUCCUGUAUAGGUGAGAGAGUGCCAUGGUGCCUUAGCCAAGUCCCAAGCUCAGUCAGUGUGUGUGCUUAUGGUGAAAGAGAGGGUGAGUGUGUGAGGAAGGGAUCAGUCGGUGUGCUUGUGAUGAAAGUGAGGGUGUGUGUGUGUGAGGCAGUGAGGUGAGUAUGUAUGGACAUACUAUUGUUUACAUGAGUCCUGAUGAGAUUCCUGGACAUGGAAAGGGAAUGCGCUUUAAACAAAUCAGACCAAAGUAGCAAUGAUAGGAAUUAAAUGGUUUGUGAUGUAUUGCACAGUAAUAAAAUCAACUGUAGACUGUU